UUAUGUCGUUUCCAAUCCUCUUGUUGCCCCCGAAAGCUCUGCAAAAUGUUCUGCGAAACAUGGAGAGUAUGGAUUUCGUCUUCUUCUCAUUUGCAUCGAAAAAGUGCUUGGAUCUCGCAGUUUCCCAGAACAUCAAAAUAUCGCAUCUACAUUUGACGUCUGAACGAAUUGAUCACAUCGAGAUUGCGGCAGUAUUUGAAGACAAUACAAGUGCAGGAUUAAUUCCUUGGCGUGAAGCAAACCAGCCGGUAUUGCUACCAAUAUUGGGAAUUAGGUACCCAGACGGACAAUAUAUGCAAAGCUUAGAUAUGAGGAGGACUGUUCGGUGGGUUGGACAUAAAGCGCUCAUUGAGCACUUCAUCGUGUUAUUCCAUCGAUCGAAAAUCGACAGGAUUAGUCUUCGUAGAGCUGUGUUGGAUUCCGAACAGCUCGCCAAUAUGCACAUACCGAUUGGAGAGUUCAGAUUGUGCACUGAUGGUCUUCUUUACGAUGAGGUUAUUCGGAGUAUUUCAAUUCUCAAAUCUGAAAAGCUACACAUCACAUGCAACCAUAACAGUUUCGAAGACCGCCAGAUGCACGAGCUACUUGGAAGAAAUCUUACUGGUGUGGAGUUCAGUAAAAUGGAAAAAUCUUCGUUAUGGAUGACUAAUGCAACACAUAUCAGAACACUGGUAUGUAUCAAAUCACAUUUGUUGAAUGAAUUCCUGAAGCACUGGAUCCAAGGAUCAAAUCCCAGAAUGAAAUAUCUACAGACUUCCGUUCAACUGGAGAUGGAAGAGUGCAAGUCAAAGAUAUUUCAAGGGAUAAAUGUGUCUAUUGAGGAGGAUGCGAUAAUGAUUAAAAGUCUUCGAGGAACACUUGCGAGGAUCACUUUGAAGGUGGUCAGGCAGGAAGUUUCGAUUCGAAUGGUUGUUCAAACUACUCCAUUUUAAUUUUAUUUACUCGUUUCUGUGAUUCUUCUAUGAUGUUCUUUGUUAAAUGAAUGUUUUUUU